UUCAAUAGGGUGGUGAAAGGGUUAACAGAGGGGUUUCCCAUGCUGUCGAUCGUGAGCCUCACUGCUUUUUGUUCAGAGUACUCUGGUAGUCACAUGAACUAACGUUGCUGACAGCUGUUCAACGGAAUUUCUUUGCGACUUACUUUACACAAAAGAAGAGAGCAGUCAUGGGGAAAGGAUGCGUUACAGCCACCAAGUACUUCCUGUUCUUGUUCAACCUCCUGUUCUUUAUUUUUGGAGCGGUAAUCAUGGGCUUUGGACUAUGGGUCUUGCUGGAUAACCAGAGUUUCAUCACGGUUUUGCAGGAAUCCUCCACCACACUAAAAGUUGGCUCCUACAUCUUAAUUGGCAUUGGCUCACUCUCAAUGCUUAUGGGAUUUUUGGGCUGCAUCGGUGCCGUUUAUGAGAUCCGCUGUCUGCUUGGACUGUACUUUACCUGCCUCCUCCUCAUCCUCGUCGCCCAGGUGACAGCUGCUGUUCUCAUCUACUUCCAGCGAGACCUGCUGAAACAGGAGAUGUCCACUAUUGUAAACAAAAUUCUGGUGAACUACUCUGGCCAUAACAAAACAUCAGAGCAUGCCUGGGAUUACCUCCAAAGAACGAUGAAGUGCUGUGGUUGGACUGGACCAUCUAACUGGACAGAGAACACAUUGAUAAAGAACAGUUCGUCUCUGUAUCCCUGCUCAUGUAGAAAUGAAUCCAUCGGUGGUACAGAGAUUAAGGAAAAUGGCCUGUGUUCAUCUUUGGCCUCAGAUUGGCCUGUCUACACUCAGGGCUGUGUAUCCAAUGUGGAAGACUGGCUCCUAAGGAACUAUGGAGUUAUUCUAGGAGUCUGUGUUGGAAUAGCAGUGAUUGAGCUUUUAGGGAUGAUCCUGUCCAUGUGCCUUUGCAAGACCGUUCAACAGGAGGAUUACUCCAAAGUACCUAAAUACUGAGAGCAACCCCUCCACAGUGACUCACUCAUACACAUGAGAACACACCAGUGUUACAAUCACUCCACACCAGCAAAGCAACUGGAACAAACCAGAAAACAUUUCACCACCUGUUUAUGUGUGUGUAGUACCGUACUGUAAUUUACAGUAUACACACACACACCGUUACUUUAUUAUCUAUUAACCCUUUAAAAUAUUAAAAUAAAUAUGUCACCUUAAUUAUGAGAAAUGUUUCAUGGUGGCAAUAUAUGUUCAUUUUUUUCAAAGAAAAGAUAUUUAGAUCUUGUACAGUACUUUAAUGGUCUACAUGCAGGUAGCUUGACUGUGUUUUUAGAUUUCUAUGCUGUUGUGUUUAUUAGUUAUUACUUUGUGAGCACUUUAGUAAGUAGAGUUUGAUGCAUAUGGACAUUUUUAUUAAGUAAAGGUCAUCGGAAAAUCAACACUUUUUCACUUAUCUUUUAUUUGUAUGUUAACGGAAAUGACAGUUUUAUACUUUCAAGUUUAUGUUAAGUAUGUUUCAAUGAGGUUGGUUCUUUCUUGAUGAUGAUGAUGAUGAUGAUGGCUUUUCUGUGUAUAGACUAAAGCUCUGUCUCUUUAAAGGGUUUGGGUUGAUGUUAUUAGCAGGGGUUGGGUCACUCAGGGUGGAGUCAGGUGUGGCGAGGUUAAAGACGGCUGCGGUCAAGAAAUAAAAGGGCAGACCAGAAGACUGUACCGUGGUGUAGUGUUUCUUGUGGUUUACGUGUUUGUCGGCCUGCAUCUCUCUGUGGAUCAGGGUGCGUUUGUGGAUUUAGGUUGGGUCCAUAUCCCGCAAUUUCUUGUGAUGUGCUAGUGUGGGUACAACAGCUGUUAAAUUACUGUAUGGCUAUAACAGGCAGUAGAUGUAAAGCUCACUGAUUAUAAAUCCUGUUUUUUUUAACUUAACAUAAACCAAAGCUGGGCCCAUUAUUGUUGAUUCUUUAAAAAAAUAUUUUUAGGAUUUGAAUAUUUUAUGCCAAGCUUGAUGUAAACCUAAUUUUGUAAACCGUCAGUUGUUGUUCUCUGGCAUUUCUGAGGAAUAGUUUUGGCUGUAUUAUUAAUGCUGUAUCAAUAGUUUUAUUUCGAGGUUGAAGCAAAUAAGAGAUGUUGGCAACUGUCUGUAUGAGUAUGAAGAAACACUAGAAGUAAUUUGGUUAAAAGGGUUGUCUGUUUUAAAAAUAUGGUGGUCUUUACUGUCUUUAUAUAAUAGAAAGCAGAUGUUUUCAUUAGAAAAACAACAUACCAACAUUGGGAUAAAUGUGUAUUUUUGGAAAAUUGAAGGGUCUUUUGUAUUUUCAAUAUUUUCUAUUUAAAGCAACACUAUGUAGUUUCCAUGUAAAAAUUACUUACAGCUCCCCCAUGUGGUUGAAAAGCGCAACAGUGCCUGGUAUCAGACACUCUUCUGCAGACAGGGGGAGGGGCGGGGUUGUGUUUCCUACCCUCCACCGCCACUUUCAGAGUGUGCUUGUAGCAGCUAGGAGGCUGCUCAGGUUGCAGCAACAGUACAAUUUGUCCAGUUAAAAGUUGUUCUAUCAAUCACUGAAAUAAUUUUAGAGACAUUAUUUAAAGGUAAAAAACUACAUAGUGUUGCUUUAACAGAGAAGCCAUGUUCAUGUGGGUUUCAGUGGCUCCUCAAGUACUAUAACACAUGUCUAUGCAAUAGUUAUGCUUUUGAUUAAAUCGAACUUUCACAUUU